AAUCAGCUGUCAAAGUGGGCUCUGGCCCCAUCACUGCAUGUGAGAGCAGAGCUGCGUGUUGAGCAGUGAAAAGCUCCCAGGUCCACUGUGCAGGCGGAUCCACGCAGCAGCAGUAGGAGUAGCGAAGCUGGAGGACGGAAAAUCACCCAACACUUCUUCUACGUAUUGAUAACAUGGCAGUGUGAGUCAUUGUGUUUGGUUCUGACUGUUUUCAGACUGCAGUGCCUGUACUGGGAACCAUUUGAAAAGAGGACGAGAUGAUUGAGCUGGACCUCGAUGGAGGGAGCCUGAUUGAUGAGCUGAUAGAGCUGACGGCUCAGAGCCUCGGCCAGCUGGAGAUCCAGGAACAUUUCAACAUCGUCAAGGAGAUCGGUCGAGGGAAAUACGGCAAAGUGCUACUGGUCACUCACCGCUUCAGAGGGACUCCCAUGGCCUUGAAAGUGAUGCCCAAAGCCUCGACUAAGCUGCAGGGCUUUCUGCGUGAGUACUGCAUCUCCUUACACCUGUCCUGCCACCCCUGCAUCGUGGGCCUCUUUGGCAUCGCCUUCCAGUCCAAUGAGCACUACUGCUUCGCCCAGGAGCUUGUCAUCGGUAGAGACCUGUUUGCUGUCAUCCAGCCAAAGGUGGGCAUCCCAGAGUCUUCAGCAAAACGCUGUGUUCUCCAGAUUGCCAGCGCUCUGGAGUUCAUCCACAGCCACGGCCUGGUCCAUCGAGAUGUGAAGCCUGAAAACAUCCUCUUGUUGGACAAUCGUUGCUGCCAGGUCAAGCUGGCGGACUUUGGACUGGCCCAGAAGAGAGGCACUCUGAUACGCUACAUCAUGGGAACCCUUCCCUACAUGUCCCCAGAGCUCUGUACCGUGGCCCUGAUGGAGGGCCAGAAAGAAGUGACCGCUCCUCCACUUAGCGUGGAGCCAAGCCUUGACACCUGGGCCUUCGGGGUGGUUAUCUUCUGUAUCCUUACGGGUUACUUCCCUUGGGAGUGCUGUCUGGACUCGGACGACUGCUACCAGGAGUUUGCCGACUGGUGCCAAAUGGAGGAGAGACCCAACAUUGAAGAGGAUGUCCCCCCCUUGUGGAAAAGGUUCACUCCAGAGGCCAUGGAGAUGUUUGGAAAGCUCAUGGCCCUGGAUGUAAGAAAGAGGUGUACGGUGGGGGAAGUGAAAGCGUACAUGGAGAAAGAUUGGCUUAAGAAAGUAAAUGUGAUCGGGCAGCAGCCCACCGCAGAAAGAGUUAGUGCUGAGGUGGAGGUACAGCCUAUUGCUUAGUGGUGUUUUAUGUCAUUUUCAUUUUUUAAUAAACCACACAGCAUGUCACAGUCAUUGUAAAUAUUUAGAUAUAUCGCUUUAGUAAAAGUCCUGAAUUCACAACUGGACUUAGAUAAAAAAUGCUUAGCCAAUGCUUAACAAUUGCUGCGCAGGGGUAGAGAGGGUGCGCUGGGAACCGCAAGUUUGGUGGUUCGAGUCCCGGCUGCCCCAUGUUGAAGUGUUUCUGAGAAAGACACCUAACCCCUAAUUGCUCCCCGGGCAAAAAUGUAAAAUGCCAUGGGUUAAAAAUGUAAUGUAAGUUGCUUUGGAUAAAAGCGUCAGCUAAAUGACCUGUAAUGUAAUGUAAUAAACUUCCCUGGUUGUUGUCAGGGUCUAGUGGUGGA